CAGCAUGCCAACGACAACAUUGUGAAUUUCAUCUGGAGUUUGGCGUCGGCUUACAACAAUUGAGUGUACAGUUGAGGCAACACUGAUUUCUCGCUGCGAGAGACUGAAUUCUAUUGCGCUCAACCCACGUUGCUGCCCAUCGUACAAAGCGUUCCUGGCGCGCUAUCAUGGUGCCUCCUCGCACAAGGCUGAGUCUCUCCAAGGAGAGGUUUCCGGCUUUUCUGACCAACCUCAAGAGCCAGCCGUACCACGAUCCCAGCUCAAGCUCCAGAGGACACACGUUACGGUCAAUAGCCUGGAACCCAUUGGGAACCUUGGUCGCGACAGGCUCCUCAGACAAAACGCUCCGCGUCUGGAAUCCGGAGAAGCCAAAUGUGCGGUUCUCAACUGAACUGAAGGGACACUCAGCUGCCAUCGAAAAGGUUGCAUUCAAUCCAGUCAAGGAUGCUGAGUUGUGCAGUGUAAGCAACGAUGGAGUCGUCAAGUUCUGGGACGUUCGAUCCAAGACUUGCGUCAACGAGAUUAGAGGCUUGGGAGAUGCUUUCACUCUCGUAUGGGCGCCCGACGGGCAGUCUCUAGUCGUUGGGAAUAAGACGGACAACAUCUUUGUGCUGUCACCAACACAAUCUACGCCGAUAUCGUCUCAUCAGCAGCCCAGUCAGACAAACCAAACCGCUUUUGGCUGGGCCGGCGAUACGAUCUUCUUGACAACCGGCGAGGGAAGAACCCGGAUCUUGACAUAUCCUGACUUCAAGCCUGCUUUCCAAUUCAACCAUGGCGAUCAGCCAAAGGAAUUUGCUCUCAACGGACACACGUCUUCCUGCUUGACUGCUGAGUUACAACCCACAGGGCGUUAUCUUGCUACGGGGGGUUCGGAUUCCAUCAUUUCUCUCUGGGACACGACAGACUGGAUUUGCCAGCGAACCAUAACCAGCAUGAUCGGCCCCGUGCGGUCUAUUAGUUUCACCUUCGACGGCAACUUCUUGGUCGGAGGUAGCGAUGAAGGCUCUGGAUUGGAUAUACGACAUGCAGAGUCAGGAGACCAUGUCCACACCUUUAAGACAGCUGGACCUUGCCCGGUCGUGGCCUGGGCGCCGACAAAAUACUGUUUGGCAUACAGCGAUCUUGGCGUUCUUCGCAUCGUCGGAGUAGACGCAGAGAAGAAGUGACGAGACACAACGACUCCAUUCAGAACAGGUGGAAUCGUCUACUCUGGCGCGGAAACAAGGCCUUUUCAGCCACGAGUAAGUGGGUUCUUCAGUGGCAUAGGUGGAACAAGGAGCUCGAAAAUUCCUUCCCAAAAAGGAAAAAGCAGGUUCUAGCGU